AUGCUUCCAUCCGGAAACUCAUGCUCUGACUCAUCAGCUAUCUAUUUCAAACAAAAUGUCUACUGUUUUGGAGGAUAUCUCAAUAAUAAUCGCCUAGCUCUAUCUGCUAGAUUUGAUUUAUAUCAAAAUCGAUGGGUUAAAUUAAUUCCAAUGCCUUGAUCUGAUUUCUGCUGCCACAGUGUAAUAUUUAAAGAAAAUAUUUCGAUUGCCGGAUGCACACAUAAGAAUAUAUUACUAUAUUCUAUUGACAAUGAAUCUUUCUCAAUAGUUCCUUAUAGUUUCGCAUUGCACACAAGAAAGAUUUUAAUAAGCUCAAAUAGAUUGUAUUUGAUUGAAUGUUGUUUUAAUGGCUGAAUUUAUGAAAGCAAAAUUGGAGAUGAGUACUCUUGGAAACAAAUAGGAAAAUCAGUAAUCAAAUUUAACCCUCUUCAAGUGUUUUGCACAUAUAACAAAGGUGGGGUAUAUAUUGCAUCUGCAGGGGUUUGUAAUGAUGAUUUCUAUAAGUUUAGUUUGAAUAAAAAAGUGAUAACUAAACUUUAG